AGGAGAGAGAUUUGACAAUCUGAUUCUAAUCUCAUCCACAAUUUGCAGUGAACUUGAGCUGCAGAGCUCACUGUAUAUAUUUAUUAAAAUGUUGUUGUUUUCGUUACCCUCCUCAAGUGAUAUUACCGUUCCUGCACUUGUGACGAGACAGAUUCCUUCUUCGCAAUGGGUCCAUUCUGCUGUAUCCAUGUUAAUGGCCAGGAAAUUUUCUUUCUCAACAAGCGUAUUAUAUCAACACACUCAGAAAGUCUGAAGAAGAUGAUCACAGAAGAAAGAAGAAGAAGGAAAUCACCAGGAAUAAUUGAAAUGGAUGGAUUUCCAGGAGGUGCAAAUGGGUUUGAGCUGGUAUCAAGAUUCUGUUAUAACAAUGGAAGAAUCAGAAUCACAGUUUCGAAUGUUUGUGUUCUUUACUGUUGUUCGGUGUAUCUUAGGAUGAGAAAUCUCUUGGAACAAACAGAUUCAUUUCUUGAAGGGAUGUUUGAGUGGCCAUGGAAGGACAUAAUCACCAGUCUCAAGAGCUGUGAAUCAUUCUUUACGUUUGCAGAUUCAUGUCAUCUUAUAGACAAACUCCUUUGUCCACUAUUACUAAAGAUUACCCAGAAUUUAGAUUUAAACCUUUCUGCUUCAUCUUCAUCAUCAGAAACUUUCACCCCAGAAUCAAUGAAACCAUGUUCAUCAAGGUCAAAAAAGGAAUGGUGGUUUGAUGAUUUGACAGCUUUACCGCCAAUGAUUAUUCAGAAAAUCAUCCAAAGAUUGGGGGCUUAUGGGAAUAAUGAUAACAGCUUAACCCUCACAAGAUUCCUUGUUCAUUACCUGAAAAGUUGUGCGAACUCCAACAUCUACAGCUCCAGCUCUGAGUAUUUUGGUGGCCUUAUAGACACAGCUAUUCAAGGGGUUAUUUCUGCAGGAAAAUCUGGUUUCUCCUGCAGAAAACUCUUGGGAGUAUUGAAAAUUGUGAGUGGUUUUGGUGUGAGCAAAGAUUGCAGAGGUGAAUUGGAGAAAAGGAUUGGUGGAAUGCUAGAGCAAGCAACAUUGGAUGAUUUGUUGGUGUGUAGCAGCGGUGGUGGUGAUUGUGGUAGAGGUUUUUAUGAUGUUAAGCUUGUAUUAAAAUUAAUAAAGACAUUUGUUAGUGUUAAUAAUAAGAGUAAAUGUAAUGUGGGGAAGAUGAAGAUGGUUGGGAGAUUGAUUGACAAAUACUUGGUUGAAAUAUCCCCUGAUCACAGUCUCAAGGUUUCAAAGUUUGUUGCCAUUGCUGAGAGUUUACCAGAUUAUGCCAGAGAUUGCUUUGGUGAGGUCUAUAGAGCCGUCGAUAUCUAUCUUCAGUCCCAUCCCAAUAUAUCCGUCCAGGAGCGAUCAAGAUUGUGUGGUUGCCUUAAUUACGAGAAGCUGAGUCUUGAAGUUUGUAAGGAUCUUGCAAAGAAUCCCAGAAUCCCUCCAAAUGUGGCCGUUCAAGCACUUAUGUCACAGGCGCAGCGAUCCAGUCUUCCAAAAACUGAUGAUCAUCGUAAACUUCCAAAUACCUGCAAAUCUCAAAUGGUUUUAUACAAUAUUCGCAUCAAUGAUAGAGAAGUCUUUCCGGAAGAAAAUGGGAAAAUGAAACUGAAUCCACAGAAGAUGAAAUGGAGGGUGGUGGAGUUGGAGGAUUUGAGGUUGGUUAAGCUUAAGAAGAAAGUUUUGAGCACACCGACAAGUAAUAAAACUUUGCAAAGACUAUGUUAAGAGCUUUCACAUUCUUUCUUUCCUAUCAAUCCAUCUGUAAUUUGUACUAGAAACGGCUUUGAUGCCCUCAUUUUAUCAAUAAAAUGAUAUGUAUCUAUUUUUGAUACAUAAAUAUAUGUA